GUUUCCUGUUUUUAGAAUAAGCGAGUUUUGAAUGCCGUAGUUACCGUGGAGUGUGGCGUUAUUCCCGUGUCUUGUUUGUUCCGUGUGUAACAGAGUUGAAAAUGGGUCGUUACACGUGUUUAGUUGGCGUUGUGUGCCAUGAGCGCAUGUUAAAGCCUGCUGGUGCUUUUCAGAUGCCCAGAAAAGAGCCGCGCUCGGAGGAACGGAGCUGCCCCCCCUCCUCAACUCCACCAACAUGACGGACUUGGCCUACGGCUUUGCUGCGAACGUCGUUGCUGUGCUUUUAUAUGGCAGCAACUUUGUUCCCGUGAAGAGGAUCGAGAUGGGGGACGGGAUGUUCUUCCAGUGGGUGAACUGUGCAGCCAUAGUGUUGGUGUCCAAGGUGGGGGACCUGCUGCUCCAUUCCCCCAAAUUCCACCCGUUUGCAAUGCUAGGAGGAGUUAUCUGGGCUACAGGCAAUAUAGCAGUAGUUCCCAUAGUGAAAGCCAUCGGCCUGGGCCUGGGCGUCCUGAUCUGGGGGUCCAGCAGUCUGCUGAUGGGCUGGGCGACCUCCAAGUUUGGCUGGUUUGGGAUUACAGCACAGGAAGUCUCCAAGCCACUACUGAACUACUGUGGAGCCGGCUUGUGUUUGCUCAGUGGGAUGAUAUUUUUCUUUGUGAAAACUGAUGUGGAGACUCAUCCCUGCUUAGAAUCCACCCCAUUACUUAUUGAUAGGAGAGGACACGCCAGUGGCUUUGGACCAGUCUCCUCUGAGUUCUGGAUCGACGUCAUUGGGCCGAAGACCAGACGCUUUAUAGGCUGCCUGCUGGCUGUGGUCUCCGGCCUGCUGUACGGCUCCUCCUUCACGCCCAUCCUCUACAUAAAGAGCCAUUCCUCCUCCCGGGACAGCAUGUUCCACGGAGCCAGUCUUUACGAUCUGGACUACGUCUAUGCACAAUGUUCGGGAAUUUUCCUUGCCAGCACCGUCUACUUCCUCAUUUACUGUGCUGCCAUGAAUAACAAGCCCAGGGUGUACUCCAGAGCCAUCCUACCAGGAUUUCUGUCUGGUGUGAUGUGGACAUUGGCCACAUACUGCUGGUUCCUGGCUAAUAACUACCUGAGUGCUGUCAUCACCUUCCCCAUCAUCACUGCCGGGUACGGCCUGGUUGCAGCCCUCUGGGGGUCCUUGGUCUUCAGGGAGGUCAGGGGUUUUGGAAACUGCUCUGUGUUCAUCCUGGCCUCCUGUGUGGUGCUGACUGGAUCCUUCCUGACUGCCUUCUCUAAACUCUAGGGGGAAACACUAGCUACCAGUUGGUGGCAGUGUCACCCCCAAUCCCCUGAAGUGGUGCUGAGGACUGGUGAAGUGGGAACAGUUGGUGUUGGUGCAGGUCUUCGGGUCUGCUCGUCUGCUGGGCUCUGGCUGUAGAUGUUCAGCUGGGUCAUUAAUCUGUAUACUUCUGUUCUGCUUCACAUUCAGGAUGAUAAUUUUUUUAGAUGGAAUAAGAAACUGCACGUUAUUUAUAAAAACAACUGUAUGGGCCAUUGUUUAAAAAAAGACUUGAUUGAUUUUGUCAUUUGAAAAGUGGAAUUUG